GCAUACCAUAGCCAAAAUGAAGGGUUGACUCGACCUCGUUCCAACAAGUCUUCUUCGAAACCCUCCCGGCCGCUAACGGCGGCUCAUAUUCUUCCUUCUCCUUUUACACACUCAUCAGUCCAGUCAAUACUUUCUCUCUCUACAUGUCUUCACUCUUCUUCUUCUCCCUCAUCUAGACCCUAGACCAACCCCAAUUUCCCCUCUCUCUCUAUAUAUAUCUGAAUAUAUACACUUUCUCUCUGCAUUUACAUCUACCGAGAAUCAUGUCUAAUCAAACAUUUCAGGCCGUACUCGGAGCCACCGGUGGCUGCUUCGUAGUCUUCUUGAUCCUCGCCAUAAUCUGGGCCAUCUGCAAAGGAACCAAACGUCGAGCCCCACAGACCCGAGCCCGAACGGUCCCCAAUUCGGACCUCUCCUCCGUCGCCGUCGUGGAGAGCGCCUCCUUAGACCCGUCUCUUAACCGGAUUUCCAUGCUGGAGCUCGUCGAAGCCACGCAAAACUUCUCCCCCGAUCUCAUCAUAGGCGACGGCAGCUUUGGCGUCGUCUACAAGGCCCGCCUCUACAGCGGACUCACCGUCGCCGUCAAGAAGCUAUCUCCUGAUGCCUUCCAAGGGUUCCGCGAAUUCAGGGCUGAAAUGGAAAUCCUAGGUAAGCUCCAACACAGGAACAUCGUCAAGAUUCUUGGGUAUUACGACAUCGGCUCGGACCGGGUCCUGAUUUACGAGUUCGUCGAGAAGGGAAGUCUCGACGAAUGGCUGAACGACACGUCGUCCUCGGAAAUUGGCUCGUCGGCAGUCAGGUUGCCGUUAUCUUGGGAAAUUAGACUUAAAAUCAUUAGAGGAGUAGCUGUUGGUCUAUUGUAUAUGCAUAAUUUAGACACACCUAUCAUUCACAGGGACAUUAAGGCUAGUAAUGUGUUGUUAGAUUCAGAAUUCGAGGCCCAUAUUGCAGAUUUCGGGUUAGCUCGCCGGAUUGAAGGGUCCCAUGCGCACGUGUCUACGCAGGUGGCCGGGACGAUGGGCUAUAUGCCGCCGGAGUACAUACAAGGGGCCACGGCGGCGACGGUGAGCGGCGAUAUAUAUAGUUUUGGUAUAUUGAUGUUGGAAGUUGCUACAGGGAAAAGACCCAACUUGCCAUUUAAGGAGGACGAUGGGAAGGUGAUUAGGUUGGUUGAAUGGACUAGGAAAAUGGUGGAGCAGAAUAGGCAGAUGGAAAUGGUUGAUGCAAACAUUUCAAGAGAUGGGCUAAGAGAGGAUGAGGUUGUGGAAUUCUUUAGGAUUGCUACUUUGUGCUCUAGCGAGUCCAGUAAGGACAGGCCUCCCAUGAAAGAGGUUGUUGAAUUGUUGAAUCAAAUUCCAACUUGAAAUUGCAUCGCAAUGCUCUCUGCCUAUGUGGUUUUUGAUUGAUCUUUGCUGCUUAGUUUGUUGAUUGUUUUUCACAAUUGCGCAAAGCAACGGAGGGAAACAACUUUUGCAAUGUUCACUUUCUUCAUGGUCUUGAUCAACCGAGGUCAUGAAAGGGAUGUAAAUAGCUUAUGAAGGCAAUUGACAGAGGUAAAUUGCUUACUUAGGAUUGUUUAUAGGUUUGUGAUGGUAUUACUUAAUUCUCUUUAGGUUUUUGAAGGGUGGAUUGUUUAUCAUUGUUGUCUCAUUAUCAUAUUCAACAAUAUUCAAGUGGUACUUGAGUUUCUCCCAUGACAAAUGAUAUACAAGAUAUAUUUUUCCACCAAUACGAACAUGAUAUCAUGAUUUUAAUAGUGUUUGGCUCCGUUCAUUUGCAGUACAAUAGGCAAAACUUUUAAUUCAUUGGCAUUAUGA